UCGUGAAAGCUCGUUUUUUUCAUGAAAAAUCUAGUCGUGACCUCAAAAAUAUCGGAUUUAGUGCUAAUUUCUCUCAUUAACGUGUUUCUAAACCAUAAAAUCGUGUGUUCAUAGUGAUUUUUGAUGAUUUUUUACAGUGUUUACAAGUGUAUUGAAGAAUGCUUUUGAUAAAAAAUCUUGUCAGUGUAAGCAAACACUCUGUGAAUGCUACAGAAAUAUCAUAAUGAUAGAGUGUAAGGAAUGUCACCAAACACCGAUUUGAUGGCGCGGUGAUGGUGGUUGGGCCGGUGAUGCGGUGGCGACAUGUGGCGCGGGUGGCGCUGGCUGGUGCUAGCUGUGAGCGCGGUGGCGGCCGUGUCGCCGGUUGUUAAGAUUGGCGCAAUCUUCACCGAGGAAGCUCGUGGAGGCAGUGUCGAGUUAGCCUUCAAGUAUGCGGUGUACAGGAUAAACAAGGAGAGGAGUGUACUACCGGACAGUACAGUUGUGUACGACAUUCAGUACACGCCAGCCAGGGACACCUUCCGGGCUUAUAAGAAAGCCUGCAUCCAAGUGAAGUCAGGAGCAGUGGCUCUGUUCAGCAACGGCGGCGAAGUGAGCGCGGUGCUCAGCGCUCUCUGUCGCACCCUGCACGUGCCGCAUCUAGACGUCUCACCUCGCUUCGAUUACACAGCCAACCAGUCGGACAGCUACACUAUAAACUUGCAUCCCUCUCGGGACCUCAUCGACCAGGCCUUCUCCCAGCUGACGGCCUACCUCAACUGGACCAGGAUGGGCGUCUUGUAUGAAGAUUAUGGAUAUGGGGAGCUAAACAUGCUGAACGUGGCGGCGGACGGGCGCGACAUGUACGCGCUGCGCUGCGCCCGCGCAUCCGACUACCGGCCCGCGCUCGCGCAGCUCAAGGCGCAGAAAGUCAAGCAUUUGAUCGUGGACACGGAUAGGAGGCAGCUGCAUAAGCUGUUUAGAGCUAUUCUUCAACUACAAAUGAACAACGAAGACUAUCAUUAUAUUUUCACUUCGUUUGACAUAGAGCUAUUCGACCUUGAAGACUUCCUCUACAACCGGGUGAACAUGAGCGGCUGGCGGCUCGUGGACCGCGACUCCGACAAGGUCAAGGACACGCUGCAGGUCAUGGAGAAGUUCCACCCCAUCGGAGCUUCCAUACUCACCGGGGGACACAUUAAGACUGAAACAGCGCUAAUCUACGACGCAGUGCAAGUGCUGGCGCUGGCGCUGGCGUCGGUGAAGGAGGUGCACCCCGCCAACGUGACGUGCGACAGCGACGCCCCCUGGCCGCAUGGGAAGGAGCUGAGGGAUAAUAUUAACACGGUAUCAGCGCACGGCCUCACCGGCCCCAUAGAGUUCAAAGAUGGCGUCCGCACCAGCUUCAAGCUGCAGCUCAUGCGGCUGGCGGGCGGAGAGGGGGGCGGGUCGGUGGUGGCGGGGCACUGGAGCCCGAAGGAGGGGCUGGCGGUCACUGACCCCGCGGCUUACAUGAGGGAUCCGCCGCCUAAUGUCACGCUUACUGUUGUUACUGUUGAGGAAAAACCCUACGUAAUGGUGAAGGAAGGCUGGAACCUGCAAGGGAACGCUCGUUUCGAAGGUUUCUGCAUAGACCUACUGGCCAGGGUGGCAGCCAGGGCUGGCUUCCACUACCGGCUGCGAUUAGUACCUGACAACAUGUACGGAGUCAGAGAUCCCGUCACUGGACAGUGGAACGGGAUAGUUCGGGAGCUAGUUGAUCGAAAAGCAGAUAUUGCAGUUGCAUCUAUGACAAUAAACUUUGCAAGAGAAACAGUCAUAGAUUUUACAAAGCCCUUCAUGAACUUGGGCAUCGGGAUCCUGUUCAAGGUCCCAACAUCACAACCAACAAGACUGUUUAGUUUUCUGAAUCCGCUAGCAAUAGAAAUAUGGCUGUACGUUUUAGCCGCCUAUAUACUAGUAUCCUUCACAUUAUUUGUGAUGGCGAGAUUUUCACCUUAUGAAUGGUCGACAAGCACACACGUAUGUGGUCACGAGACCAAACUGUUGACGAACCAGUUCAGUGUCUGUAACUCUUUCUGGUUCAUCACGGGUACCUUUCUGAGGCAGGGAUCCGGACUGAACCCUAAAGCAACCUCUACGCGUAUAGUGGGAGGGAUCUGGUGGUUUUUCACACUGAUAAUUCUGUCUUCGUACACGGCCAACUUGGCGGCGUUCCUUACUGUGGAGAGGACGGUGCUGCCAAUACAAAGUGCCGCCGACUUGGCUGCCCAGAACCAAGUCCAAUAUGGGACCUUGAAUGGUGGAUCUACCAUGACGUUCUUUAGAGACUCAAACAUAGACAUAUACCAGAAGAUGUGGCACCACAUGUCCACGACGAGCCCCCCCGCUCUCGUUUCUUCUUACGAGGAGGGAGUGAGACGGGUGCUGGGCGGCAACUACGCCUUCCUGAUGGAGUCGACGAUGCUGGACCACCGCGUGCAGAGGGACUGCAAUCUGACGCAGAUUGGCGGGCUGCUGGAUUCUAAGGGUUACGGCAUAGCUACGUGGAAGGGCAGUCCGUGGAGAGACAAGAUCUCCCUCGCCAUACUGGAGCUUCAGGAACGAGGAGUUGUCCAGAUCUUGUACGACAAGUGGUGGAAGAAUACUGGGGACGUCUGCAAUAGGGACGGGAAAGACAGCAAGGCUAACGCUUUGGGCGUGCAGAAUAUUGGAGGUGUAUUCGUCACUCUUCUCUGUGGACUGGCGUUGGCUAUCGUGGUAGCCAUCUUGGAGUUCUGCUGGAAUACCAAGAAGAAUGCCACUCAAGGGCGACAGUCCUUGUGCAGUGAGAUGGGACAGGAGCUACGCACGGCGAUGCGAGGUGGCAGCUCCAACAGUCGGACGGUGCUACGUCAGGGAUGCUCCCGGUGUUCCCCAGCCACGCACGUACCGCCCGCGCCCUCUAGAUAUAACGAGAUACAAGACACAUCUGCCAGUUCAAUGGAGCUGAAAGACGUGCGGGUGUGGUAGCGGGGGGCGCGGCGCGGCGGGUCCGCCCCCGCCUCGCCCGCCCCCCCGAGGCCUCUCUGCACGCAUUAUAACUCGGUCGGUUCCCUGCGAAGGUCCACGUCCUACGUCCUGAAGGAGCCGCGAGACACUGCCAAGAAACACGUUCAAAUUAUUGCGUAGCCCAGCGAGAAACACUUCGUUGAAUGUGUUACGUUGUUAUAGUGCGCCUGUGGAAUGCAUACUCAACCUGGAGGUCAAUUUACUUGCAUAAGUAGGUACACUAAGGGGCAGCGAAACCUGACUGCUCUUAGAAUUACAGUGCUAGCUUAGAGGGGUCAGUUUUAUUUGCACCUUUCUGUACGAUUACAUACUUAUGUUUGCCAAUAUUAGUGCCUCUGAUUUGGACGAAAAUUCAGUCAUGAAAGAUUGGUAAUGACUGAAUUUUUGGGAUUUUUUUCCAGGAUGAAUAUGAAUUCCGAGAGUGAACUUUAUAUUAGCAGCGCCAUCUAGUGCCGUGCGGUUGAACUACGAAAGUGUAGUUUUUUUGAUGUGUGUACUUUUAUAGACGUUUAGGAUAAUAAAAUGUGAAAAAAGUUACGAUACUAUUUUAUAAUAAUAUGUAAAAAUGAUUGCAUGUAUUUUUCCAGCUUGAAUUAAAUUAUUGGUCAAGAAAGUGCCAAGCUAUGAUUGUGCCAAUGAUUGUGCAAAAAAGUGCCAAUUUUAUAUAAAAAAAGGAUGGAAAUUUAUCAGUGAACUUACCAGGACAGUGAAUGUAUGAAUUUACAAUUAAAAAAAGAGUUUGUUUUCGUGGUAUGAUUUUUAAACAGAUUUUUUCACUAUUCCAGUAAAUUUGUCCAGUUUGACCUGCAGUGACAGUCCACUGAUAAAAAUUGCACGAUAUGUAUAAAUUGUUAAUAUGUACCUACCUAUACUGAAAACUCGAACCAGGUCAGAUGGUCAGAUUACUCUUAUACUUAUUAUAUGAUGUCCUAAAAUUAAAAAGUUGGUACUAUUAUUUUCAUAUUUGAUUUGGUUAAGUAUAUACAGGAAUUUUGCAAAAGAGGUAUGGUAGCUAGAAGGAGUGACUAGUGACUAAAGGGGUCAUCUCAAUAAUUUCCAAAGGAAGGAUGCGCCCGUCAGAACGUUUUGCUUCAAGAAAAUGACACCCGCGCGCUGGCCCUAAUUCGAACAAAUUGCAACAGAUUAUAUGAGAUAUUAGGGCCAGCGCGAGGGUGCCAUUUUUUUGCGAUUUGCCCUGUCCUGACGGUAGUAAUAUUUAUAAGUCAAUGGAUGACCCAUUGACCCUAAACAACUUAUAGGAUUUUAAAAAACUCCACAGAAAAUUUGUUGGGUCACGAUGACUUUAAAUCCAUAGAAUAUAUUUUUUCGUGAAUUUUACUUAAACUAGUACCAUUUUUGAAACAUCCUGUAUUUAUUUAACAUUAAGUCCUAUAUUUUAUGUCGCCGUUACCACAUAAGUAUUAAAACCGUUGUUAUUAAUGAAAUUACAAACAAAAUUGUGUUCUUUUAAUGUUAAAAUAAAACAAUUAAUGUAUAAGUUAGGUUAUUAUAUGAGCGUGUGUUUUUAAGGAAAUGAGAAUAAGUACUUAAUUUUGAUGAAUAUAAGCUUAUUUAACCCCAAUUCUUACCAGAUAAAUUAAAUAAUGCUUGUAAAAUAAAUUAAGUGGCAGUUAGUUGCAGUCAAACAGUUGAGGAUUUUUUUUUUCAAAAUGUCUAGGCGGAUAACAUAACGUCGCUUUGUCUGCAGAUGUCCUAAAA